UGAAAUACUACUUCGAUUUCUCUUUUGAACUUCGACUUGGACAAUUUGGCAAUAGUCACGCGCCUCAAUACACGUUUCAAACCCCACCACACUGCGAGUAGGCACAGAUCGGAUUGACGGACGCGCAAUUGCUAACUCCACCCAGGGAACUUCCCAGAUUCUACUCCCUUCUGAUUGAUUGGCAAUUGAGUUUUGAUCUAGGCGUCUGAAUGAUUGCGCCUUGCUCCUAUGGAGAACGCGGGGAACCCGAACUGGAGCAUGUCUGACGUGCUUUGUCAAGCGAUAUUGGAUAUUGAAAAAGCAGAGGCAUUGAUGCUAACAGACGAUCGUGUCUCACUGGAUCCAAGCUGGCGGCGCCUUUAAAUGAGGAGAUGAGGGACCCCACAGACGUAGAUUGGAUUGCCAUUUUUUCCCUUUCCCCAACAAGAAAAUGGCGAAGCAUUUCGUCAGAGGCCCGAGCUAAGCGAGCGAUAAACCUCCGAAGAUAGACGCAAGACAAAAUCUUUUCUCCCUCUUUUUCCUCUUUCUAAUGACUUGAAUUCUGUGAAUUUAAAUACCGGAGAUUUUUGUCGUUGUCUGACUGAUAUUUUGACCUCAAACGAAGCUCCCGUUACACUGCCCCAAAUCACCCCUGGUAGAAUUCCUUCGUCUCCCCAUUUCCCCUCUUCGAUCUUGAUCUUUCCCGCCACUUUUACUGCGUCGGACAGGGAGGAGACAAGGAGCGGCAACCUGACAUUGCAGUAAUUGUGUCGGUGAAGCCUGGGCGAUCCAAGUUCUUUCUCUCCGCCAUUCACCAUUGAUUUUUACUAUCAUUUCUCAUUCGCACUUCUUCGUCUUUUUUUUUUAACAGUAAUCAUAAUUUGCGAGAGUCCAGUCAACUUUGUGUUCGUGUGCUGUUAAGCUGCAUGCUCUUCGCCUAGCCGUGCCGCUAUAGCAAUCGAACCGUUCUAAGAUUCGCGGCCUGGACGUGGUACGCCCAUCUGCGCAACUCGAUCCAUUCAUUUUCAUUUGUUUGCCGUCCACCUUUCCAGCUGGUGGCGAACGAGGGAAAAGGAUACCUCUCCACGAUAUAGCGACGACCAACCGAACGACUAUUGGGUCAUAUAUGUACACCCAAUUAAUACGAUAAUUCGAAGCCACCAAAAAGUGACACCACGGCGCACCUCUGAAACCCUGUCCUUGCAGUAGGAGAAAAAAAAGCCACGUCGAGAGCGUCCUGCAGCCGUCACAGGCUGGCCACCAAUACCCGUACACUGUAGAGGCAUCUGGUGCUCUGUCGUCUUGGGCGCAUCUUGAGAAUUGACGCCGCCGCCGACUGCAUAUCCCCAGUUGGUGGCAGACCUCCGGAAGCGACCUUUGAGAUGGCUCUCAGGGAGGCGGCAAACCGUCAUAUGGCGGACACUACCGCAGACGCGCAUUCCAAGAAUCAAAAACAAAGUCGAAACAUUUUUCAUAUUGUGACUGUUGGGUUUUUGAUAUUAGCUGUGGGUCUCCAAGUUGUUCUUCGCGACGCAAAGCUGCAGUACUCAACAUUGCUCGAGGUCAAUCCUUUCCUGCGCGUAUUACAUUCGCCAGCCGCACAAGCAACGAUCGACGAGCCAGCUGUUUGUGAAAAUCAGCCAUUUCCCACCGCUGCACCGACCUCGAGACCCCUCAAGAUGCCUUUGGCAGCAGAGACCAAACGCAUCGUCGACCAGUUCGAGUACACAGACGAUGAUGUGAACAAGGGAGUCAAGGAGUUCCUCCGCCAAAUGGAGGAGGGUCUCGCUAAGGAUGGCACCAGCUUAAGCCAAAUUCCCACAUAUGUGGCUGCCGUUCCUUCUGGCAAAGAACAGGGUCUUUAUCUUGCGGUCGAUCUUGGCGGAACAAACUUCAGAGUUUGCUCCGUCCAUCUCAAUGGUGACAAUACGUACGACCUCAACUUCAACAAGGUCGCAAUCCCAAAGGAGCUUAUGGUAGCCAAGACUUCCGAGGAACUCUUUGCCUUCCUCGCCAAGCAGAUUGAGAUUUUCCUCAAGGACCACCACGAGGAUCACUUCGAGUCCUUGAGGCGCCGUCGAGAGGCUACCAGCGCCACCAAUGGAUAUCGCGAGGAGGAUGUCUUCAGGCUGGGUUUCACCUUCAGCUUCCCGGUGGACCAGGUUGGUAUUAACAAGGGCAAUCUGAUCCGGUGGACCAAGGGGUUCCAUAUCGAUGACACCGUCGGAAAGGAUGUCUGUGCCUUGCUCCAGGCCGAGCUUGACAAGCUCAAGCUGCCUGUGAAGGUGGCCGCGCUGGUCAACGACACUGUCGGUACCCUCAUGGCUCGCGCAUAUACAUCACCGAGCAAAAAGGGAACCAUUCUUGGUGCCAUUUUCGGAACGGGUACCAACGGAGCAUACAUGGAGAAGUACGAUGACAUCAAGAAGGGCCUCAAAGGAACUGACUAUGUCGACACAACGGGCGAAAUGAUCAUCAACGCUGAGUGGGGAUCCUUUGACAACCAGCUUAACGUGCUUCCCAGCACACCAUGGGACAACAUUCUGGACCGCGAAAGCAACAACCCUGGCGUCCAGAUGUUCGAGAAGCGGGUAUCGGGCAUGUUUCUCGGCGAGAUUCUUCGCCUAGCUAUCGUGGACGCGGUUAAGAACGACAAGGUGCAGCUUUUCAAGCAGGUGCAGGCGAACUCGAGCUCUUCGCCGCUAUUCACGCGAUAUGGCGUUGACAGCGCCAUCAUGUCAGACGCUGCGGAGGAUAACACUGCAGAACUUGCCGCCCUUCGCAAGAAGCUCAGCUCAGAGAUCGGCCUGACUGAUGUAUCAGUUGAGGAUGCGCAGGCGUUCAAGGCUAUAUCUGCCGCGGUUGGCCGACGUGCCGCUCGUCUUUCGGCCGUCGCUGUUGCAGCUGUUGUCCUGAGGACAGGCAAGCUGACGCACCCGGAUUGGGAGGGUGAGCAGAUUGACAUAGGUGUCGACGGCAGUCUCUUCCAGUUCUACCCGCAGUUCCCCGACAUGAUCUACGAGGCACUGAGGGCGAUCGAUGGGAUCGGCGAGAAAGGAGCGGAAAAAAUCACGAUCGGGUUGACUCAGGACGGCUCUGGUGUUGGUGCCGCGCUCAUUGCUUUGAUUGCGGCCGAGAUGGAGAAAAAUGCUUCGGCAUCAAAGUAAAGACAAGAGUAUUGGAAGUUAUGAGAACACAUGUUGAAUGAGCGGUGGAGGGCACGAUCAAGAGAAACGUGGUGAUGAUGUUAAUGAUAGCGUCUGCUGCUAACUAUUUUGGCAUAUUUUUAUAAAUAUCCCAACCUCUUUUGAGGAUGCUUUUUUUUUUUUUUUGUGCAAC